UGACGUCACUUCCUUCUUCUGUGCUUUGUGUUGGAAAUUUUUUCUUGUACAACAUCUUUUCGUCUGGAAGACUAUACUCAUAUUUCUGUGCUCAGAAAAGGACACACAGUGUUCCAGAAAUUGUGUACAACAUUAUUGCUGACCAAAUCUCAAAAUGUCUGUGGAGAUGCGGAGCCAGUGUUCUGAUACUUCUGACUAUGAGAAUGACUCAGACAAUAUGGAUGAUGAUGAAGUAGAUUAUAACUAUUACUAUGGCGAUGACCAAGAUGUGGAAUUCGACAAGCCAAAUCCAUGUGAGGAUCCUGAGUAUUUUGAAUAUGAACUGUUGAAAAUUGAAGAUGUGGACAGAUUAUUAAAUGAGAAUGUUGAAGCUCUAUGUAGUUCAUUGGAGAUUCCCCCAUCUCUUGCCAAGGUGCUAUUACAUCGACAUAACUGGGCCAGGACAGAGGUAGAACAAAGACACAAGAGAGAUCCACACAAGCUAAUGGUAGACUCUAAAUUAGAACCAGCAAUUAAGCCAAAGCCCCCUGUGAUCAGCAACUCUUUCCUUUGCUCUGUGUGUGUGCAGAGAUGCCCCAUAGAGAACAUGCAGGAGCUGUCCUGUAGACAUCAGUACUGCAAAGAUUGCUGGGGAAUGUACUUCAAAAUGCAAAUAGAACAGGGGGUUUCUACCGGUAUAGAAUGUAUGGGCAAAGACUGCAAUAUUCUGGCCACCGAGGACUUUGUUCUAAGCACGGUGUCGCAGCCUGAGAUAAGGGACAAGUAUCAGAGGUUUGCCUUCAGUGACUAUGUAAAGAGUCAUCCUGAGCUGCGGUUCUGUCCAGGAGCCAAUUGCGCCACAGUGGUCAGAGCUCUGGAGAGCAAGAGGAAGAGGGUGGUGUGCAAAGAAUGCAAGACGGCAUUCUGUUUUAAAUGUGGUAUGGAUUACCACGCACCCACGGACUGCGACACCAUCAAAAAGUGGCUAACAAAAUGUGCGGACGACUCGGAGACCGCUAACUAUAUAAGUGCCCAUACAAAAGAUUGUCCCAAGUGUCAUGUGUGUAUUGAGAAAAAUGGUGGAUGUAACCACAUGCAAUGCUCCAAGUGUAAAUAUGACUUCUGCUGGAUGUGUUUGGGAGACUGGAAGAAUCAUGGCAGUGAAUACUAUGAAUGUAGUCGCUACAAGGAAAACCCCAACAUAGCUCAUGAAUCUGUCCAUGUGCAGGCCAGGGAAGCUCUCAAGAAAUACCUCUUCUAUUAUGAAAGGUGGGAAAACCAUGCCAAAAGUUUAGCCUUGGAAGAGAAGACAUCACAGAAGAUUAAAGACAGAAUAAAUGAGAAAGUGAUGAAGAAUGAAGGCACGUGGAUCGACUGGCAGUAUUUACUGGACGCUACCGCUUUGUUGAAAAAGUGUCGCUACAGCCUUCAGUUUACUUAUCCAUAUGCUUACUACAUGAAUAAAGGUGCCAGAAAGACAUUGUUUGAAUACCAGCAGGCCCAGCUUGAAGCCGAGGUGGAAAACUUGUCUUGGAAGGUUGAGAGGGCAGAAAUAACAGACAGAGGGGACCUUGAAAAUCAAAUGGAUGUGGCCGAAAAGAGGAGACAGACUCUUCUGAAAGAUUUCCUGGAAGUGUAAUCGACCUCGUUCAUUUCCCUCCGUUGCCAUGGUUCUAGUCUACCUCUCACUACAAACAAACAGACAGCAUCAGAGUAUGGAAAUAAUUCAUCAGUCCUUGUAUUUAUAUUAUAAUAGAUAUUAGAAGAAAGGUGCAUUUUGGACCUCUGUUCUACCUGCUUUUUUUACCAAAAUAACUGGAUUCUCCCAAGUCUCAAGAAAGGAGGCUGACAAGUAGAUUUUGACACUUCUUUCUCUAGCAUUAAGGCAAAUGUAACUUGUUGAGUGCUUGGCAUUGAGCAAUUGGGAUAAAUUCGUAAUCUUAGACUAUUUUGACCACUGUCAUCUUAGUAAUUUUUAAAAAAAGUAACUCAUGAGUGGAUUAUUAAGAUGUAAUAUAUUGUGUAUUAUCUUUGGAUAUCUUAAAAUUGUAAGCACCUUCAUAACAUAUUGGCUGUCUUUUGAAAUGAGAGGAGUUACAAAAUAUUGGUGCAUUUCUUUUGUAGAUUUUCAUAUUUGUUCUGAAGACACCAAGCAAUAGAAAUCAAUAUUCUAUACAUAAGCAAAGGUUUAGAACGAGUCUAUUUGUAAAAAAAAAUGUAUAGUUGCACUCACCAUGUUGUAAUUUAUAUAAGCCUUUUUUUUUCCCUUUAAGUAAUGGAUUUUCAAAAACAAUGAACAAAAGGCAGGGAAUGGCAAGUUCAAGAAUUUUUCCUUAUUUUGUGUUACAAGGAUAGAACUUUGUGGUUGUAUGUUUCGAAACAUUUCGGACAUAGGCACAGUAGGAUCCAGAAAUUAUCAUAUUUAUUUAAAAAAAUGGAUACAACUGUUGUCACGGAAGUAGCAGAAAUUUUUGUUUUGUAAUUCUAGGGUUUGUGUCUUACUAUUGAUAUUUUUUGUUUUGUCUUUGGAAGUAUAAGGAGCAGAAGUAUUGCGUCAAAAUGAAGGAUGUCUUGUGAUUAUUUCGAAUUGAAUUUGUCACAUUCAAAAAUGUAUCGGAGUGUGGCAUGAUACCAAUUGCCUUUGUUUUAAAUAUUGUUUUGAAAAGAACAGGAUACACAUAUUCUCCCUUGGAUCCAAUUGGAUCAACUUUGUACUCAUAAACAAAAUAUGAUUGGUUUGUUGCACACUAUGAUUAUAGCACUUGCAGUUUAGAUAUUGAAAUUUGAUUUGGUAGUCUAGGGUAAUUAACUAACUGAUAGCAAUAUAUAAACAUUAAGAGUGUAUUAGUGAAAAACAACCCAUCAGCAAUAUGAAUACCUCUGCUAACUGGCAGUCAUCAUCAGUAUUCUGUUUUCAAGAGGGUAACACACAGGAGCCAGUGGCAUUUUACAUUGUGUACAAUAAGCACCAACUUUGUCCAACUUAAUGUGUUUAUUGUGAACAAGGUUCAUAUUCUCUAUCCAACAUUUUGGUUUUAUAAGAAGGAAAAUGGCGUGGUUAAUCUUUUUUUUUUUUUUUCAAAUGCUGUAGUCAGCGGUUUUCAUGGGUGCUGUGACUACAAAAGUUCAUUAAUGCAGGUAAUAUAUUACAUUGUUAACCUUUUCAUGAAACUGUUAAGAAAAAAGAGCAGUGCAUACAAGCUCAGCUUUACAUCCAAUAUACACUUGCCCCAUUAUAUAAUAUUAAUUCACUUAAUAUUCAGAAAAAGACGACCCUCAAGUCUGCUUUGAAUUUUAAACCAUUUAAGCCAUCUUAAUUAUGCUUAAGUGUACUUUUGCAGUCAGUGUCCAUAUAACAGUGGAGUGAUGGUGACGCCAGUAGAGACAAUGUUGCAUUAAUGACUCCCCUCAUAACCCUUAUAUCAAACCACAGUCAGCUGAAAUAAAAGCAAGUCUAGGGUGGGGGCAAAAGCGUAAAAUCUUUCAACUCACUUCUCUUGAAUGAUAUAAAAUGGUACAAGGGUAAGUUUACUGUAAUGAUAAUACAUAGGGCAUUGGACUGGACAUUUGCUUGGUUUUAUCCGGUUAUACUGCUUUUUUGUAGAGCCAGAAAGGGGGAAAAGGGAACACCUCGAUUUCUUUGUGAGGAGCAUGACACCUUUGUCCUUUUGAUCUGCCAUUUAAGCUGGACCCUAUGCUUAUUUCUUUGAACUGCCCCUUCAUCUGGUAAACAGUAAAAGUGGCCAUUCAUUCCUACUGGCUAGCAGUACAUAGUUGCGGAAACACUUCUCAAAAAGUAAUUUCUUGUUAAAAAACAUUAAAUGGAUGUUGUGGUUAAUAGGAUAAUUUACUUUAACUUGGGGCAAUAUGGGAGAAAAGGCAAAUAUUGCUUUUGAAUUUAAAUUUAGCUUGCUUAUUUAGUGUGUGCAAGAGGUUCCAUUCAACCAAGAUGCCAGAUACUCUAUAAACUACCUGUUUUCUGCUAAUUAAUGAAGAUAUUUAUUUAAUAGUCUGGGCAGAAUAAUUUAUUUACAGGUUUUCUCUUGUAUGGUGUUAUGACACUCAUACCAGAUUUUGCAUCCAAUAAAAGUAUGCUAAAAACAAAAUAGAGAACAUAUGCAGAUAAAUAAUUCACUAAAAGAAUGUUUAUUUAAUCACUAGUACCUCUCGUGGAGAAGAGUCGAGACAGAAGAGAUAAUAUUAAGUGUAUAUAAUAAGCCUGAUAUGUAUAUUGAAGUGUAUAGAUAUACUGUAUACAAAUCCUUAACAAGUUAUAUUGAUGGAUGGAUGUUGCUUAGUAAAAUUCUUUUGAGUAUUUAUUACUAUGAUUGUUUGAAGACAGUACAACUAUAUAUGAAAAGCCUUAAGUUUGUAAUUUGAAAUAAUAAAUGCAUUUCCUGUCAUUCCAUGUGGUUAUGGUUUUCAUAGUAAGAGUAAAACGCCAUUGAGUCAGAUUGAAUAAUUUCACAGAAUCUGCAAAAGACACAAAUGAUGCAGUACUGAUCAUGUGAUAUUCCUGUUUUAUUCCUACGUUUUUCAGAUCUCCACCAACCACUGCCCAAAAGUGAAUUAUAUUUUAUUUACACAUGGUUAGUUCUCAGGAAAAUAAACUCAAAAGGUGGCAGAAAAUAAAAA